UUCGGUUCAUUCAUAUUUUUUCAUGUCCUUUUAAAGCUUUUUUUAAAUUUUCAGAAACUGAUCCUACAGUGUUUUCACAAUCUAUGCUUUGAUUGUGAAUGGGUGUUUACUGACAUUAUGGCCAUAUCAUUUGAGGAGAAACUUAAGCAACUACUGUUGUGGAGCUUCAUAAUAAAAGGGAACAACCUUUUUUUGGUUCCGUGCUCUAGAAUCCAAAUUGAUAAGUUGAGCUUGUUGUACAUCUCGUUGCCAGUUGCCCCCCCUGUUUCAAAAUCCCUUGACAUUAGGCAACGUUUAUGUUCCGCCCUCACCAAUGCCUCCUUAACGGCUUGAACCAUCCCUUCUCAAAGAAUAUGAAGAUUUAAUGUAUCUUCCUUUUUGUUUUUUUAACUAUUUGAUUUGUCUGCUGCCUAAAGCCGAAUUUGUUCCCAAUCUGUUUGUAAACAUGCCAUCUUCAAAUACUGAGUCUCCUGAAUCUGAAUAUAUAUUAUCCCUUGUUCCAGCAGUGAUGCAAUGUUGGCGUUAGUUGACGUUGUCGUUAUGGGUAGCAAGGUAGCUAUGCGUGAGUGGAUUCACCAGAACUUUGGGGAAAUCGUAUUGAUGUAUGAGGAUCGAUUUGACUUACGGGUACUAAAGCUUGAGCCUUAUCCUGAGGCUGCAGAGAAACUCAAAGAAAGUUACAACUGGUGGACAAGACUUACUCUGAGGAUGACUAAACCAGUGUUGACUAGUAUCGUCCCUGGAGCUGGACCACUUCAUUCAUCAGCAUAUUUUGUGCGCUUCUACUUGCCUUUAAAGUUCCAAGCCAUCCCACCACUUCCACUUCCCGAGCUGGACCACAUCAAUGUUGAGAAUGUAGAGCCUAACAGGAGGGCUCUUCGUGAGCUUCUCUUCACCACUCCCGGUGCUCUUCAGUACCUCAGUCCCACAUCGGUGCUCUAUUCGUGAGCUAAUUUUUGGUUUCAUUUAUUUUGAUGUGUUCCAGAAAACAG